CUGCAAGCGUGCGCCUCCAUCCGGGGAACUCAGCUCCAUGGCGAUGCGGCGAGCCUGUUGUGCUGGCCGGCCAGGCAAAGUCAAGUAACCCGGGGGAGGGUCGCUAGUCGGAGCUGCGUGAGAGAGGCGAAGUGGGGCGAGCUCCCCUUUGAGUUACAAUAAUGCGUCUUUCACACGCCGCCCCAAUUAUGAGACAACUUCCCCGGACGCUCCUUCGACGCCGUGCGAGCUCCUCCUGAGCACCGGGAAGCGAAGCUAUCUGCUGGGCGGGCAGGCGGGCGUUUGCCAGCGGGCAUGAAGAAGCCGAGCGCCCCGCUCCUUGCUGGCGCGGUGACCGGGAAAUGGUAGCGUUCUGCGGGCGCCGCAACUGGGCGAGAACAUGGUCGAGAGGAGCAGCAAAUUCUUGUUGAUCGUGGUCGGAUCUGUGUGUUUCAUGCUGAUUCUCUAUCAGUACGUGGCGCCCGGGGUCAUCAAUUUCGGAUCCCCGCACGGCUACUUCUCGGAGGAGGACGAGGGGGACAUCUUCCCCACUCCGGACCCCCACUACGUCAAGAAGUACUUCUUCCCGGUGAGAGACCUGGAGAGGACCAUCGAUUUCCAAAUCAAAGGGGAGGACGUGAUCGUGUUCCUGCACAUCCAGAAGACCGGCGGGACUACCUUCGGUCGGCACCUGGUGCAGAAUGUCCGCCUGGAGGUCCCCUGCGACUGCAGACCGGGCCAGAAGAAGUGUACCUGCUACCGGCCCAACCGCAAGGAGACGUGGCUCUUCUCCCGGUUCUCCACCGGCUGGAGCUGCGGCUUGCACGCCGACUGGACCGAGCUCACCAAUUGUGUGCCGGGGGUCCUCAACAAGAAGGAGAGUAAGCAGAAGAAUCUAAGGAAGUUCUACUACAUCACGCUGCUAAGAGACCCGGUGUCCCGGUACCUCAGCGAGUGGAGGCAUGUCCAGCGCGGCGCCACGUGGAAGACGUCGCUGCACAUGUGCGACGGACGCACGCCCACGCCCGAGGAGCUGCCCGCCUGCUACGAGGGCUCCGACUGGUCGGGAUGCACCCUGCAGCAGUUCAUGGAGUGUCCCUACAACCUGGCCAACAAUAGACAGGUGCGCAUGUUGGCCGACCUGAGUCUGGUGGGCUGCUACAACAUGUCCACCGUCCCCGAGAAGAAGCGGGCCCAGCUCCUCCUGGAGUCGGCUAAGAAGAACCUGCGAGACAUGGCCUUCUUCGGCCUGACCGAGUACCAGAGGAAAACCCAAUUCCUGUUCGAGCGCACCUUCCGCUUGCGCUUCAUCAGGCCCUUCAUGCAGUACAACAGCACCCGGGCCGCCGGGGUGGACCUGGACAACGCUACGGUCCAGCGCAUCGAGGAGCUGAACGAGCUGGACAUGGAGCUGUACGACUACGCCCGCGACCUCUUCCAGCAGCGCUACCAGUACACGCGGCAGCAGGAGCGGCGGCUGCAGCGCAUGAAGAACCACAUGCAGCAGAGCCACCAGGGCCUGGGCCUCAGCCUGUGGCCCUCGCGCGGCCGCCAGACCGCCGGCCCCUUGUCUGACAACGGCGAGGAGGAGGAGGCGGCGGGAGGCAGGACGGAGGAGACGGGCGGCGGCGUGAGCAGUCGACUCCCCACUGAGGACUACAUGAACCAGAUCAUCAACCGCUGGUAGCGGCGGAACUUCCCUACAAAGACCGCCAAAAAAACGACUAUUUUGCAUUUAAAGUGUCGCCGAAAAGACCCCUCCCUCGGUCUUUAACUGUUGCCAUGACAACCAGGGCUCGCCCAUAUUUCCGCCCCCCCUGCUGGGUCCCUCUCUGUCUCCUGUCUUCAUUAGAGGGUUAUUUUUAUGCCGACAUUCUCCUUUCUUCUCCUCGGGCGAAGGAUCGGUCUACUUCCUGGACACUUUGAAGAGGAUUUAGCUUUUCCUGUCUUUAUGCUUUUUUUUAAAAAGCAGAAUUGUAAAAAAAAACAAAAAACCCUGAGACCAACAUUGCUGCCUGAAGAUUCCUCCACUUCUUCACUUUUUCCCCCCCCGCCCCCAUUUUAAAACAUUGGUGUAUAUCGGACCAUAGCCAUUACCGAAGCCUGGGUGGGUGCAGCCCCCACCCUCCAGAGCGCCUGUUGCUCCACAGCCAUUCGCUUCUUCCCUUCACACCUGGCAGACUUUGACAGCCAAUUACCGGAUCUCACACAGGUUCGGUGCCGAGGCGUCGAAAGUCAGGGGAAGUACGCUCGGAGCGAGCCGACAAACGCUGGGUAAGAAGCGGUCACCAUGGCAAUAACAGACCCUCAAUUUAGCAGGUGGCAUUUACACGUCGUACUCCUUCGAGGG